AACCGCACCCAGUUCUCAACUUAGUCAGCUAGAUAUGGAUGUUCAACAGCUGUUUAGAAGCCUCAAGAAGGAAGCCGAGUGUCCAUUGUGUUUAGAAACAGUCAAAGAUCCCAAGACACUGCCAUGUCUUCACUCAUUUUGUAUGCGGUGUAUUGACAAACACGCAGGAUAUGCAAAAAGAAAGUUAGAAACGACGAUCAAAUGUCCAGUUUGUCAGGCUUGCUUUCAGAUCCCUGACGGAGACACGUUUGGUAAUCUUCCCACAUCUUUUCAUCUCAACCGACUGGUGGAUCUCCUCGCUCUGAGAGAUGGCAGCGAAGAGACUCAGAGAUGCAACAGUUGUGAAGAAAACAACACGGCAACCUGCUAUUGCUUUGUUUGCCAGAACUUUCUUUGCAAGGAUUGUUUUGACGCUCAUCAGCGCCUGAAGGCCACAAGAGGUCAUCGCAGUGUUUUGAUCGAUAAUUUGCAAGCGCAAGAUGUGGAGGACUUGAUGCACAGACCCACCAUGUGUGCAAAGAAAUAUCACGAGAAUGAACCGCUUGAUUAUUAUUGUCAAGACUGUAGCGUUUGUAUUUGCCACAAGUGCAGUAUAUUGAGUCAUAAUCGACAUUCUUUAGUAGACUUACAGGAGGCUGCCGAAGAACAAAAGAUGCAGAUGACGCAAGUCUUUGCUAGAGUUAAGGAAAAACUUGUUAUCGUGGAGUCAAAGAUAUCGGAGCAAACUGAACUCAUGAAUAAAAGCGAAGAAGAAAUCUGCGCCGCUGAAGAGAAGGUUACGAAAUUUGUGCAAGAAAUUAUUCGAGUUGCGAAGGAACAUGAAACGGCUGUUAAUGGCCAACCGCUGACUGGUAGUCCCUGGAGAGUUCAGGCGACUGAUCAUCAGUACAAAGCUAUUCAUUCGUUUGGAUCACAUGGGACAGAAACUGGACAGUUUAAAGGAUCAGUUAGCAUUGCAGUGAAUGAAAGAACAGGAAAGAUUGCCAUAGCAGAUUAUUUUAAUCGUAGAGUUCAGUUGUUUGAUCGUGAAUUCUUUGCCAGAGUUAAGGAACAACUUGUUAUCGUGGAGUCAAAGAUAUCGGAGCAAACUGAACUCAUGAAAAAAAGGGAAGAAGAAAUCUGCGCCGCUGAAGAGAAGGUUACGAAAACUGUGCAAGAAAUUAUUCGAGUUGCGAAGGAACAUGAAACUGCGGUAAAAACCAAGCUGGCAGAAAUGAAAGUCUCGCAACAAAGGAAUUUCGCAGCAGAAAUAGGAAAUGUUCGGUUAAUCGCUGCUCAGCUAAGGAGUUCUGUCGAAAAUGGUGAAGAUGUCAUACAACGAAGCAUCGGUCCUGAAAUUCUGCAAGCAGGACAUGCUGUGCUUGGUCGAUGCGAAGAACUUUUAACCUUACAGGAUGUUGAAGUAUGUAUACCUCAACAUGUCGUUUAUUGUGUAAAUGUGGAAGCUAUGAAUACUGUUAGAGGCUUGGUUUUGGGUCAAGUAUUCGAGACUAACACGGAUCCUUCACAGUCAUCGGCAGAAGGAAGAGGUUUAAUCGAAGCACUAGCAAACAAUGAAACUAACUUCACGGUCACUACGCGAGAUUCAAAGGGAACUCAGUGGUAUAAUGAACAAGACGAACUGACUGUAAUAGUCCGCUCUCAAAAAGAAGAGGAGGAGGAAACGAAAAUUGAUGACUGUAAGAAUGGAAGCUACGUAGUGCGUUACAAGCCAAAGAGUGUUGGCUUACGUGACAUUUCUGUUGAGGUGAAUGGCCAACCGCUGACUGGUAGUCCCUGGAGAGUUCAGGCGACUGGUCAUCAGUACAUAGCUAUUCAUUCGUUUGGAUCACAUGGGACAGAACCGGGACAGUUUAAAGGACCAGGUAGCAUUGCAGUGAAUAAAAGAACAGGAAAGAUUGCCAUAGCAGAUUAUUUUAAUCGUAGAGUUCAGUUGUUUGAUCGUGAAUGCAAAUAUCUGAGAACAAUAGGAGACAAGGGGCGUGAUGCUGAGAAAAUCAAGUUUCCUCUUUCGGUGGAAUUUACAACAUCUGAUGAAGUCAUCGUCAUUCAUGGAGAACUUUUUAUAUCGAGUAAGAUGUUUUUGUUCACUGAACAUGGCGACCUCAUUAAAGUCAUAGUCAUUAACGUAGGAAUUAAAUCUCCCUGGUCUGUCACUGCUUUUGAACAUAACAAAUUGUUGGUUUAUGAUUAUAAAAAGCAUCUAAUCCAUGUUUUGCAGUAG